AUGCCGGCUCAUUGCAUGAGGGCCGGCAGGUUGCGGCGGAGUGUUCGGCCUCUGUGGGCAAGGAGGUGGGGUGCAGGGCUGUCCCGAGGCUAUGGAGUAAGGCGCCGGGUGAGGUCUUCAGUGCAGCGGAUGCUCUGUGCAAACAUAGGGAGGCUGAAGAAUGGUCGGAGGCCUUUAGUGAAGAGGAUUGUGAAACCCACAGCCCCCCCAGGGGUGAACAAGGCCUUUGGGACACCUGGGUCGGCAGGCUCGGUUGAGGGAGCAAUGGACCCCAGAACAGUGUGGGUGAACGGGACUGUGGGCGAGCCCGAGGUGGUUGGGCCUGCUGGGUCUGUGUGGGUGACUGUAUCUGGGGAGGAGGAGCUAGACAAUAGCUCACCAAGCUGUGAGAGGAGAGGUCGCCCAGGAACACUUGGCCAUGAGAGCAUCCUGGAACUGUGGUUGAAGGUGCAGGCUAUGAGGGUAGCUUCAGGAUGCUGGGAAGGAAGCCGAGUGGAGCUCCAUUCUGUUCCUGCGGGAGAGGGGCCGGUCGAGAAGGGUAUUCCUGGGCGAGCUUCCUGGGUCGAGACCAGCCGAGGUGGUGUCACGGGUCCCUGGGUGAGAGGACAUACUAGUACAUUCCCCCAGGCCUCAGGACUGCCCACAGCUAGGGGAAUAGGGGCAGGUUGUGAGAGAGGCUCCAUCCUUUGUAGGCAGGGACAAGCUGGGAAGACGUUGCCUGCUGUGGGUGGACCUGAGGUAGUAGAGAAGAUAGACUGUGCUGCCUCGGGCCCUUGGGAAAAAAGACAAACUGUGGCGUUGCCUGAGGCCUUAGGAUGGUCUCAGGUCUUGAAAAGGCCUAGAGCUGGAGAAGUGAGGGAAUGUGGGGGUACUUCAUGUCUGUGUGGGGGAGGGCAGUCAGUGCAGGGUUCUGGGGCUCUGGCAGAAGAAGCUGAAUAUGGACAUAUGUUAUGGGAAAGGGGGCAAACUGAAGGGGGGCCUGAUGCCUUGUUGGUGCUACCCAGGGCUUUGGAAGAUGAAACGGUCUCCCAUGGGGGCCCAGGGUUGUGGCAAAGGAGACAAGAGGUGGAGGAUAUCGUUUCUAGGGGUAUCCCUGGCCUAAGGACCAUGGGGCAGCCUGUAGGCGUGCCUUGUGCUAGAGAAGAGGAAGCUAGAUGUGGAGGUGACCCAGGGGCAUGGGGAGCCACACAGGCUGCAGAACUGUGUGCUUCUGAGGAGCAAGAGAUAGGUUCUCGAGGUGCCCAGGGCCUGUGGGGUGUAGAGCAGGCAGUGGGAGCACCCAGGGCUUGGGGGAAGGAGGCAGAUGAUGCAAUAGUUUCAGGGCUGUGGGGAACAGGACAGCUGCCACAGACUGGGGUUGUAUCCGGAGAUAGGGAAGAAGAAACCAGCUAUGAUGUGUUAGGCCUGUGGGAGAGGCCGCAGGCUCUGGAAGCUCCUCUGGCUGAGCCAUUGCCAGGGCCAGUUAUGGAAGAGACAUAUGGAGGGAAUCCUCUAAGCCUGUGGGAAAGAAGGCAGGUCAUGAGGGAGCAGGAGGUUCAAGCGCCUGCUGCUUUAGGGACACCUGGGGCUGUGGAUCAGGAUAUCAGGUGUGGAGCUCUCUCAUGGCCCUGUGGGAGGAGGCGGGCUGUGGGAUUGAUUGAAGCAGUUGAGCCAAAGCACAGGUGUGCCACAGAAGGCGUACCCUCAGCUCUGGGUAUACCUGCUGCCUUGUGGGUGUGUCAGGAAAGCAGCUCUACAGAUGGUGUGAACCUGCAGGGCCAAACUCACGCUGCCUGUGGGAGGCUGGUGGCUCCUGAGGAGUGCUCAUCUGUGGUAGAGCAUAGUGAAUCUGAGGCUCUCCCAUGUGCAUGGGGAAGGAGACCAGCUCUUGGGGUUCCUCUGGCUCCUGAAAUACCUGGUCCUCUGAAGAUAGAGGCUGUCUCCAGAAGUUUCUCAGGCUUAUCAGGAAGGAGACAGACUGUAGGUAUACCUGUGACUGUAGGGGUAUCCCCAGCUGGUGUGGGUGUGCCUCUCAGGGUAUCUAGUUCUGUGUGGGAGCACAGCUGUAAGAGAGUCUCAGACUCAGGAGGCAGGCCACCUACAAGGGUAUCAGUGACUGUGGGGCUCCCUGAGUCCAUGGGGGAUGCGACACUCUCUGAGGGUUUACAGAGAAGACAGUCUGCUGUGGUGCCUGUGGCUGCUAGAAUUUCCACAACUGUAGGAGAGCCCACAACUUCUAGGCUCUUGGGGCCUCAUGGGGUGGUGGAUAGAGGCUGUGGAGAAAGCUCAGGGAUGUGGCAAAGAAGACAAAUGGCCGAGGUGCCCACUGCUGCCAGUGUCCCUAAACUUGAGAGGGAAGCAGGCUCUGAAGGUAUCUCUGGUCUGUGGAGGAGACACAGUGGAACAGUUCUUGGAGCAGCCAGGGAGGCUUCGCAUCAGGGGAUGCUUGCAGGCGUUGGGGUUCCCAUGGUCAGACAUGUACCUGCAGCAGUGUGGGCGACUGAACCCUCUGGAGAGGAGGUAAAUGAAGGUGUCUCUGACCUGACAGUGGUUAGGAAACUGUCCACUGAGGGAGUAAGGACACCAGGGGACGAAACAGUGAGUAGAGGAAGCCUGGGACUUGUAGGGAGGGGCCAGGCUGCGGAAGUGUCUUACACAGGUGAGCUUGGUACCAGGAUGUGGGUCAUUCCAAGGGCUGCAGGGGAGGAAACAACCUCUGAGAAUAUUCCCAGAGUAUCUGCAAUGAGAACAACUGUGCCGGCAGUUUCAAGGGAGGAAAUAGACCUUCGCCAUUUCAGAGAUGAUCUGCAGGGGAAUGGGAAGAGAGCUGUGGGAGGGAUUCCUGAAGCUAGAGUGACAGUGAGUGAUUUAGGAGAGAUGGGGGAGGGUGGGUUGAGAGGCUGCUUCUAGUAGAUACACAGAAAACAGUUGGAGAUGGCCUGGGGUUCUGGGAGGGAAGAGGUUGGGGGACGGUUUGUCUUGGGUAUGGAUGAAGGAACUGAUGUGUAGGGACCUCAUGAUUCCUGGAGAGAUACUUUGUGGCAGAUGUCACAGGGUGUGUAGGGUAACAAAUUGGGAGACUUUUGGAAAGAUGGGGAAUGCAUUACAGGAGAGGGCUAUCCCAGGACUUUUUACAAGGGAAUGGUAUGGGUGUGUCUUUGGCCUUGUGUGUGAAUGUGUGUGUGAUGGUUGACUUGAGGUGUACAGUCUAACCUCUGCAGCUCAUUCUGUGGCUUCAGCUCCAUCCCUGUGGUGCUGGCAGGCCAAUUGGCAUUGCCUUACUAGUGUGUUUCCCAUCUGCUUCUUGGAUCAUGUCACUGUAGUCUUAGAAACAAGCAAUCGUGUACAGACAGCUGUCUUUAUGUUCCUGCAAAUGUAUCUGCCUUUAAGUGGAUCCAGUCUGUAAACUUUGGAUUAUUUUUUAAAAAGUUAAGCUAGGUUUUUUUCCUCUUAACCUUGAACU